AUGGCAAUUGCUCCUAGAUACGCCAAGUCUCACGUCUACAACGGUUCUGCUGGCCUCUCUAGCGGCCUCAAGCACACCGUCCAGCUGUACCUGGACUACAAUUGUCCCUUCUCGGGCAAGCUAUUCCGCAAAAUCACCGGCGAAGUUAUUCCCUUGCUGGAGAAAAAGAAUCUUUUGGACAAGUUCAGCUUUGUUUUCAUGAACGUGAUCCAGCCAUGGCACUAUGUCGGCUCCGGCGCGUACCAUGAGGUUGCUCUGGCCGUCGCCAAGGUGUACCCGGACCAGUUCUGGAAGUUUUCCGGCGUGCUCUGGGACAACAUCAUGACGGACUCUCUUUCGUACGAGAAGACCAAGAAACAGGUUCUGGCUACGGCGAUCGACCUUGCCGCACAGCAUCUCGACAGCGUCGACACUGAGAAGCUGUGGGAGCAGGUCGCCGUCCCGGAGGGCGGCCAGAACCAGCUGCAAAAGGACAUCAAGUAUUUCACCAGAUACCACCGCACGGUGGGCGUGCACGUGACGCCGACCGUUUUUGUCGACGGCAUUGUUGUGGGCAGCAUCGAGAGCUCGACGGAGCCGGAGAAAAUUGUGGAAAUUUUGGAGAGCCUGCUGGAUUAA